AUGGAUACCACUUUCUCUGGGAAGUUGUCUGUUUCUGUUGCGGACACUGGUGAUACAGCUGUUGUUGUCUCAAUGGUUGAAGGGAAUCAAUGGACUGAAGAGCCAAGUGAAAACCUUUUGUCAAGUCUUGAAGUCGGCAAUGACCAGAAAAUUGAGCUAUCUAGCUCUGGAGGAAAUUGUUGUGAUACAGAAAAGGCAUCAUGUGAUAAGAGCACUAUUCAACCAAUCUUGGAGGGGCAGGAGCUGGAGCUUUCUUUAUCACGCGAUUUCUUGUCCACUUUACUUUCAAAUUCUUCAGUGUUCGGUGAGUUCAAGACAAGUAAAGCUUCAGAUACAAUAAAAGAAGCAAGCAGGUUAGAUGGUGUUGGAAAUACCUCUGGAAAGUCACUGAACAAAUCCUACAUGAGGAACCAAUUAUCUGAAACCAAAUCCAGCGUCGGCCUUAAUAUUGGUUUAUCAAUAGGCUCGUUGCAGUCUUUUGAUGAUGAUGCGAAAAGCAGUGGAAGCAAAGCCCAGGUGAAUUUAGAGUUUGGGCAUCAGAGUCACGUGGCAGAACUGUCGCCAAUAGUUGAUGCUAAUAUCAAAAGCAGUGGAAGCAAAGACCAGGUGAAUUUAGAGUUCGAGCAUCAGAGUCACAUGGAAGAACUGUCGCCAAUAGAUGAGAAAACUGAGCUUGAUGACAAGGAAAAUGCUGGCACUGUUACUGGUUUAAAGAGGAAGAAUCCAUAUUUCAGAGAAAUUGGUUCAUAUGGCCCUGAGAGCAAAGUUGAUACAUCUGUAUCCGAUGAUACACCUAAAUGCCCCACCCUGAAAGCAGUUUCCAGAGAAUGCAAGAUCAAAAAUCAUCCAGAAAAGAAGGAUUCCAUUCCUGAUGUAAUGAGUAUUGUUCAGGGGACAAGCCGGAGAACUACCAAGGGGCUUGGACGUCGAGAUCCUACUGACAAAUCCCUGAAAGGAGGACAUUUGGUUGGCUUGAGGGUAAAAAAAAUCAUGAGAGCCUCUGACGAUAAGGAGGCAUCUGCUGUUGUGCAAAAAUUAAGAAAAGAAAUUAGAGAGGCUGUUCAUAACAAAUCCACUAAAGAAAUUGGAGAAAACCUUUUUGACCCACAACUUCUUGCUGCUUUCCGAGCUGCUAUAACGGUACCAAAAACUGAAACUGUAAAAAAGUUGUCACCUUCAGCUAUUAAGAUGAAGAAAUCCUUGUUGCAGAAGGGUAAAGUACGUGAGAAUUUAACAAAGAAAAUCUAUGUGGAUUCUAAUGGAAGGCGGAAGAGAGAAUGGGAUCGAGACUGUGAAGUUGAAUUUUGGAAGUAUCGCUGCAUGGGAGCAUCAAAGCCUGAAAAGAUUGAGACUUUGAAGUCGGUUCUUGACCUCCUAAGAAAGAAUAAAGAAGGCUCAGAGAGUUUGUCAAAAUCUGAAUGCCAGGCAUCCAACCCAAUUCUUUCCAGAUUGUAUUUAGCAGAUACAUCUGUUUUCCCACGAAAGGAUGACAUAAGGCCCUUAUCUGCACUUAAAGCCACUGGUAGUUCUGAACAGAGCAGAGAACAAGGAAAACCUCAUAUACCAUCUCUUGACCAUACUGUAAAAAGCACAGAAGCAAACAAGGUUUCAUCAAAGGUUGGUGUUCUGUCAACUGAUAUUAAACGAACUAAGACAGAUGUUUCGAACUCAAAAGGUACUGUUACUUCUAGUAAACUUGAUUCCAGUAAUGGUUCAGAAGGUUCUUCAAUAAGGAAUUCUAAAGUUGAAUUGCACAAGGAAGUGUCUGCGAAGUCUGAUGAUGUAAAGGUCGAUAAAAGAAAAUUGGCCCUGGCAGUGCUUGCAAGGAAAAAGGCUGCAGAGAGCAAAAGUGGAGCACAGGAAGGACAGGAGGAUAAUGCAGCACUUGAGGGAAACUAUCCCUUACUAGCUCAGCUACCAGCAGACAUGAGGCCAUCACCGGCACCCAGUCGGCAUAAUAAAAUCCCAAUAUCUGUUAGGCAGGCACAGCUUUACCGCCUUACUGAGCACUUCCUAAGAAAAGCAAAUCUGCCGAUCAUUCGUAGAACUGCAGAAACAGAGUUGGCUGUUGCUGAUGCAAUUAACAUUGAAAGAGAGGUUGCUGAUAGGUCAAACAGCAAAGUAGUAUAUCUGAACUUGUGCUCCCAGGAGAUAUUGCAUCGUUCAAAUGAUAAUAGGAGUGUUAGAGCUAAAGAAUCAGAUACUUCAUCUCCUUCAGAAAUAAGGGAAGACCAAGGUUCUGAUGCAUGUUUGACAGACCCUGUGGUUGUGGAAACACUUAGAAAUGCAGGCCUUUUGUCUGAUUCCCCUCCAACUAGUCCACUUCAUAAAACUGAGGUCCCCAAUGAGGUAGAUGAUCUUUCAGCGAAAACCGUGGAAGAGGAGCCCGAUAUAUUUGAGAUGGAUUCUCAUUUGGAGGAAGAUAUUUAUGGUGAUUUUGAGUAUGAUCUAGAGGAUGAAGAUUAUAUUGGUGUUACUGCUGAAAAGGCUCUGAAGGUGCAACCCGAAGAAGGUGCUUCAAAAAUGAAAGUAGUCUUCUCAACUGUUAGCAAUGAGAGAUCAAAAACAAAUAACCUUGAAGAUGCAGAGGACCAUGAGAAGCUGGGGAACAUUGUAGUACCUGAUGAUUGUACCUGUUUGCCGAAGAAUAACAAUGACAAUGGUAUUGAUAAGUCUUCCACUGUUCUUGAAUCCUUACCUGAUGAGGCAGGUGAAGAGCUUUCCAUUGCAGAAUGUGAAGAAUUAUAUGGCCCAGAUAAAGAGCCGCUAGUAAACAAAUUUCCGGAAGCUACCCAAAGGAUACAUGGGCUGGUUGAUGCAGAACUUCCUGCUGAGAACACAGCUAACAAAGAUAAUGGAAAACAUGCAUUGCAUCAUAUUGUAAAUGCAUCUGAACCAGGAAAUGAAAGCAAGGAAGAAGAUAAAAUCAACACUCAUGGUCGUGGCUCGUCUGGUAGAGAAAGUUCUGCUGAACAAAUUCAAACCGGUGACAAUGUUAAAAAGAAAGAUAAGAAAUCCAAUAUGGAGAUGGAGAAGCAGUUUGAAUGUGCGAAUUCUGUAUCAAAGAAGGUGGAGGCAUAUAUCAAAGAACAUAUCCGACCACUCUGUAAGAGCGGUGUGAUAACGGCAGAACAGUACAGGUGGGCCGUGGCAAAAACCACCGAUAAGGUUAUGAAAUACCACUUAAAUGCCAAGAAUGCCAAUUUCUUAGUUAAGGAAGGUGACAAGGUAAAAAACUUGCUGAGCAAUAUGUUGAGGCAGCGCAACAAAAGGAAAAACCGAACCUUCGUGAAGACUUCCAUUUCCACACUUUCAUCACCUCUAGCAUAUUUCUCUUAGAGCCGCCAACACCCCUCCUCUCCGUCUUUGGUGUGGACGGCUUCCGUGUGCCUUGAGGGAGACAGUCCUACAGAAAAAGUUGCACAUGCAUUGUUAAAUCGAGUAUUCGAUGUAAAGAAACUUGAUUACUAGGCCUGCCUUGAAUGUCUAUUUGCGCUCAUAACUAUAGCUCUCUAGAUUUAUGCCGAGGAAGUUAUGUUAGGCCAAGGCAAGUUGUUGAGAAAUUGUAAAUUUGUUGCCGAGAUCUUCAUCGUGUGCUAAACGUACGUUAUCAUAGCAUGGAUGGGGUUUCUCUCUUGCUCAUUUUUUUCAUUUUUAAAAAUGUAACACUAAGAGAGCUGCAUUUGACAAUUUAACUAA